AGCUGAGGUUAAAAUAAGCAUUAAAAUUAGACUAUAUACAAAGAAUUGAAAUCAAAGUGUCAUUAGAGAGUUUGGAACCUGAAAUCUGAAACCUGCACUUUAUUACAAGUUAAAUCAUUGUUAUUGAUGGAACUGGUUUCAAGUUUCUUUGAGAAUAUUCUCAGUGUUGAGGCUACUGAGCCGAGUAAGCCAGUAGCCACUGAAGUUAAUGUUACUUCAACUUCAACUACAACCACAAAUUCAAAUUCAAAUUUUAGUAUAAAAAGAGAUUCUUCAUCAAGUGUUAAUCUUACAUCACAUAAAAGAAGAUCAGAAGGUGAUUUUACUGCGUUUUGGAAAUAUAAUCUUCUUGGAAUUUCUGAUGAUGCUAAUAAAAAAUCAGGAUCAAAUACAACUACCAAUACUAUCUUAAUGGAUAAAUUAGUUGAGAAAGUUAUUUCAAUGCUUUUACCAUUAGAUGUUAAUGAUCCAGUAACAUCUAAGGUAUUAAAUUCAAGAUUAGCCAUGCAAAAGGAACGACCUCCAUUAUCAAUAAAUAUAAUGUCUAGAAAUUCAAGACAAUUGGCUCAAAGAAUGUCUAGUACUUUUAUAUUUAUAGAUAAUAUUAUUUCAUUUUUUAAUUGGUCAAAUAAAUGGUAUACAAUUGGUGUAUUAUUAAUUUUAACUCAUAUAAUUUUAAAUCCAUAUUUAUUAACUGUAUUUCCAAUGAUUAUAAUAAUUUUAAGAACAAUCAUACCUCAUUAUCUUAUGAUUUAUCCACCUGAUAAUUCAUUUAAUUCAGCAUUUUUUGAAUCAAAUCCAAUACCUUCAGCAGUUCCAUUAAAUGAUUGUAAAGUUCCUAAACCAAUUCCGGAAUUUUCAAGAGAAUUUGUUAUGAAUUUUACAGAUUUACAAAAUCAUCAAAUGAUUCAUAUUGCUACUUAUGAUUUUUUUGUAUGGUUAACUAAUGAUUAUUUAUAUUUUAAAGAUGAAAAUUUAACUUCAGCAAUAUUAAUUGUUUUAAUGGGAUUAUCAGCUAUUAAUCUAAUUAUUUUCCCUAAAAUUAUUCCAUUUUUCCUUAGAAAUUCAUAUUUAAUACAAUUAUUACUUAUAUCUUUAACUUGGGGAAUAACAAUUGCAUUUCAUCCUUAUAAUAGAUCAAAAAUAAUGGAAUGGAUAUAUAGAGAAGAUACAAGAUUAAAUGCUUUACAAAUAACCAAUAGAAUUGAAACAAAAUUAUUAAGUUAUAUAAUAGCUUCGGAAAAUCAACCUGAUAUUAUAGAAGAAUUUGAAUAUAAUAAAGAAGAAAGAAUUAAAGAUGGAAGUUUUCGAAAAGUAGAAAUAUUUGAAUUACAAAAAUUAAAUAAAACUACUAAAAUGUGGAAACUUGUUGGAUUUACUAAUAAUAUUUAUACUAUCAACACAGCUACAAGAAAAUUCAAUACAAGUUUAUUGAAUGUACAGAAUAAAUUGGAAAAUAAAUCUAAAGAUGAACUUAUAGAAGAGAUUAAACAAUCUUAUCUUAGAUUACAUAAAAAGAUAUCAAUUGAUGAUAUAACUCCGCCAAAGAAUUGGCAAUUUUUAGACCAAAAAUGGGAACUUGAUUUGGAUGUUAAAACUUGGGUUAAAUGCAAAUUAAUUGAAGAUUUGGUACUGAUUGAUGAUGAUGAAAAAUGGGUUUAUGAUUUACAUGUAAGUGAUAGUAAAAUCACUGAAGAGGAAAUCCUCGAUAAAGGUUAUGGCUUAGGAUUCAAAGAGGUUUAUCGAAGAAGACGUUGGAUUCGAUAUUGUUGCCGUAUUGAUAACCGAGAUAAGUCAGAAGAAAAGGGUUAAGGUAAUAAAAAAAAAAUAUAAACGACAAAUUUACCAGGUAUCUAUGUAUAUUAAAUAGUAGAGAGAAACUAAAAUUCACUAAUAUUUAAAUUCGAGUUUAGUUUAUAAA